AUAUUCGACGAAAGCAGCGUUCUUAUUAGUCUAAAUGUGAAGUGUUUAAAUGUGUGUAAAUGCGAUAUCGAAUAAACUCGUAGAUAGAACUUUGGAAUGUUUUAUAAGCAAGAGAGUUGAGUGACUGUUAUCCGCAAUUCGAUGCGGAGUUAAUAGCAAAAUCCAUCUCGUCCAGGUAUGUCCUUUGAAUAUUCAUCCGACUCCGCGAUAUGAUAUCCCUAUACUCGAGUUCGCCGUCUGUCGUUGGUAACUUUCCAAGGACGAGACACAAGGCCUCGCGCUGAAAAGAGUUACAUCCGGCUACUCUACCCAUCCACAAGUCAUGCCCGCGAUCUGCCCGGAAACCGAAGUGGAGUUCACCCCUGAUGUAAUUAUGGUUAACAUCCAAUGAAGAGCUGUUGGACUCUCAUAUCAUUCGCCCUUCGCAUCCUUGCAACAGGCGCGAGGGCACAAAACCUUCUAUUCGAACUCUUCGGAUCAUUAGCGAAGAAGGUCUGCUGCCACGAGAUCGAACGACGGGGACGAUUUCGCGUCUACGAUGACACGAAGAGGUGGGGUACAGACCGCUUCACAGGCCAUUCACGGUUACAAUUAAACGCCUGCAGACUUCACGACGAAAGAUGUUUCCCGAUUUGGAUAAACUGCCUUAUAAGUACGGUAGAUCAGAUGCUCGAUGCUACGCCUUAUUCGAGAUACCUGAGAAACAGUAUACCGUUUACCCGGAAAGCAAGUUUGAUUUUGCGGGUUCUGAUUUUCUAGCUGCAUUGCAGCUGAUGCAUGGUGUACUGUGAUCGGAUAGACUUUGU